CUCUCACUUGUUGAGACUUUUCACCAGCACCGCACGUGUGUGUUUUUGUUUUAUUUUUUUCCCCUCACCCCCAGAGUCGUGGUGUACCUGCUGUUGUUCCUAAGCCCCUUGCCAACAGUGGCAUCUGCUCAGUGUAGACACCAAGAAUUUGAAUGUCAAUAUCUUUGCCUUGAAAUGAAUGGAAAAGUAUUUGUCACUCAGCAGCAAUCAUUCUUCAAAUGAAAGGUCACUGGAAGGACUGAGCGCGUUCCAGAGCCUAGAGGAGCUCAUCUUGGACAACAAUCUGCUCGGCGACGACCUCACGUUGCCAGGGUUACCCAGGCUCCAUACCUUAACCCUCAACAAGAACCAAAUCACUGACUUGGAGAGUCUGCUCAGUCACCUAGCAGAAGUGACACCAUCUCUGGAGUACCUCAGCCUGCUGGGUAAUGUGGCAUGCCCCAAUGAGCUGGUCAGCUUGGAGAAGGAUGAAGAAGAUUACAAGAGAUACAGAUGCUUCGUUCUGUACAAGCUACCCAACUUGAAGUUCCUGGAUGCUAAGAAAGUAACCAAACAGGAACGAGAGGAGGCACUGAUCAGAGGGGCAUUCAUGAAGGUGGUGAAACCCAAGGUUUCCAGUGAGGACGCGGCUGCCGCUUCAGAGCACCACUAUACACCCCUGCCUUCUGCUUCCAGGGAGCUCACCAGUCACCGAGGUGUUCUGGGGAAGUGUCACUACGUUUACUGUGGGAAAAACUCCGAGGGCAACAGGUUCAUCCGAGAUGACCAACUGUGAAGCCAGUUCUGAAGUCACAUUCUGUAAUUUCAUGGGAAUGAAAAUAAAGUGGAAAACAAAAAUAAAAGGCUAAAGAAAAA